AUGACAAACAAACCGUUCAAGGUAGUGAUAGUCGGCGGUGGUCCUGUGGGGUUAAUAGCCGCGCAUGCCUUGUACAAGGCGGGCAUGGAGUUUAUUGUCCUCGAAAGAAGCCGCCAAAUCGCACUGGACGUGGGCGCCAGUCUAGUAUUAGCACCAGCCAGUUUGCGAGUUCUUCAUCAGCUUGGCUUACUCGAUCAAUUACGGGAUACUUAUUCUGAGAUCAGCCAUAAGAAAUGUUUUACUCCAGAUGGCCAACUGUGGAAGGAUAACCCCGAUGCUUUUUGUGAGGGGAAGAAGAACCACGGCGGUGUACCUUCUUCCUUUCACCGUGCAGAGCUUGUCCAGUCUCUCUAUGAUCAGCUGCCUGAAGAGCUCAAGCCCCAUGUUUUUACUAACAAGAAAGUCAAGGACGUUCAGACUGACGAAAACGGGGUCAAAGUCUUCUGUGAGGAUGGAAGCGUUUAUGCGGGCGACCUGGUACUUGGCGCAGACGGCGUGAACAGCAACACUCGACAAGUCAUGAGAAAACUCGCAUUGCAAGCAAACCCAAAUGCCGAAUGGGACCCUGAGCUUCCAUACACGUCCACCUAUCGGUGCAUGUGGGCUAGUUUUCCCAGACCUACAGCUCCUGGGCAAGGCUUUGAAACACAGACCAAGGACAAGUCCAUCAUGUAUCUUAGCGGCAAGGAACGCAGCUGGAUAUUCCUUUAUGAGAAAUUACCGGAGCCGACCAAGGAGCGAUCAUUCAACACCGAUAAAGACGUGCAAGCAAUGGCCGACAGAUUUGCCGACUACCACAUCGAUGAAACCCUGACAGUGAAGGACGUCUUUGCUGAAAGGCUGACAAGCGGCAUGUCAGAUCUGCAAGAGGGUAUCUGCAAUAACUGGGGCUGGGGCCGCAUCGUCCUCGCGGGAGAUUCUAUCCAUAAAGCGUGCCCCAACGCUGGCUUGGGUUACCAAAACGGCAUUCAAGACGUUGUGUCGCUGGUCAACCACCUGCGAGAGCUGGUAGCUUCUUCAGGACCCUCGAAACGCCCCGGUGUCUCUUCUCUAGAGGCCAUGUACGAAGACUACAAAACUGAGCGCUGGGAAUCUCUCGGUCGUGAUGCGGUUCUGUCUGCGAGAGUCACACGAAUCCACGCUUGGGCGAAUAUCUGGUACUACUUGGUAGCCCGCUACCUCUUGGUGCCAAACUUUAUGGACGGCUUCAGAGACAAUUGGCUGGUUGCACCGGCUACCAGUAAAGCUAGAGCUUUCAACUUUUUGGAUGCAGAAGAGCCAUUUUCUGGGCGCGUUGCUUGGGCGCACCCUUUGAAAAAUGUGGUUUAG